CACCAGUUUGUCCGAGGGCCGCUAGCCGCUUGUAAGCCGGUAGCCGGUAGCCCAUCACCCCUAAGGAAACAUCCGGUUCAAAUCGGAACGCCGUCGCUUUGAAAACCUGUCAGCUCCUACUUAAACCCGUUCAACUCUUACUCCUCUGUCUCUCUCUCCAACUUCUCUUAGCAUCCAAGUUCCUGAUUUGGGGACUGUGAGAAUUAGGGCUUCCAUUAUUUUAAGUAGACGAAGGGUUUUGACUUGGGUCACUUGUCACAGGUUUAAAGUUUCUUAACUUGUUAUGUCAAGGUUUUGAGGAGCUAUGCUCAUUUAUCCUGAUUUUGCCUAACAAGGAUGCCAGGCAUACCUUUAGUGGCUCGUGAAACCACGAAUUCUCUUUGCAAUUGCAGUUGUUCUAGAGGGCCAGAUCAGAUGUGUCGCCAAGAUUCUCGUCUGAAUUUGUCUGCUGAGGAGGAAAUUGCAGCUGAAGAAAGCCUUUCAAUUUAUUGCAAACCUGUAGAACUAUACAACAUCCUUCAGCGGCGUGCAAUUAUAGAUCCUUCAUUUCUUCAGAGAUGCUUACGAUACAAAGUACAAGCAAAGCAUAAAAGAAGGAUACAAAUGACAGUCUCGCUGCCAGCUACUGUAAAUGAUGGUUUUCAAAUUCAAAGCCUGUUUCCUUUGUGCAUAAUGUUAGGAAAACCUGCUUCUAGUGCCGAAUUCACUGAGUCUGAUGUCCCACAGGGUUGUGCUUCUUAUAAUUUCAAUCGGUCCUGCAUAUUGACCUCUUUUCAUGGAGAUGAAGGAGUAAAUCAUGCUCAAGCAAAUUUUAUUCUCCCCGAGAUCAAUAAGCUAUCAGCAGAGAUAAAAUCUGGCUCUCUUGCUAUCUUGUUCAUCAGCCGUGUGGAGUUCACUAGAGAUCGCGUGGAUGUUUCCUCAUUUUCAUCAAAUGCUGGAGGGCACUGCUUGUUGGGCAAGAUACCAAUGGAGUUAAUUCACUUGUCCUGGGAGAAGUCUCCAAACUUGAGUUUAGGCGAGAGAGCUGAGAUGCUAUCUACUGUUGACAUGCACCCUUGUUUUAUGACGGUUCCCCUUUGCUGCCUCCAAGGUGAGAACAUGUUUAAUCCUUUGUCAAGCUGUUUGGAAGAGGAUAGAUGUGUUUCAUUUCAGACAGCCCAUUCUUCUGGAACUCUGGCUUCAUCGCAGCAAUUGCAAGUCAUAGUCACUGCAGAAGAAGUUGGAGCGAAGGAUAGAUCUCCUUAUGAUUCUUACUCCUAUAAUGAUAUCCCCUCCUCGUCAUUGCCGCAUAUUGUAAGGUUGAGGACUGGAAAUGUAGUUUUCAACUACAGGUACUAUAACAAUAAGUUGCAAAGGACUGAAGUUACUGAAGACUUCUCCUGUCCUUUUUGCUUGGUCAAAUGUGCUAGCUUUAAGGGCUUGAGGUAUCAUUUAUCCACAUCGCACGAUCUCUUCAACUUUGAAUUCUGGGUGACUGAAGAAUAUCAAGCUGUAAAUGUGUCAGUGAAGACAGACAUUUGGAGAUCCGAGAUUGUUGCAGAUGGUGUUGAUCCCAAGCAGCAAACGUUUUUCUUUUGUUCAAAGCCAUUGAGACGCCGAAAAAGAAAGAGCCUUGUUCAAAAUGCAAAGCAUGUACAUCCGCUUGUCUUGGAUUCAAGCUUACCUGCAUCUUUUGACGAACUUCUUGAUAAGACUGAUGAAUUUGUAGAACAUUAUGCAUCUAGUCCAAAUAUCCCAGGGUUAUCCUCAGCUGGAAAUUCAUAUGCAGAUCCUGAAUGUCUUCCUUCAGUGCCUGGAAGUAACAUUGCACCUCCAACUGUGCUGCAAUUUGCAAAAACAAGGAAGUUAUCAGUUGAACGCUCGGAUCCCAGGAAGUAUGCUAACAAAGUGAUUAUAAUGAGCAAGUUUUACUCAUCUAAUUGCAUUAAUUUGGUGUUCCAAGCUUCUGGAUAAAUCUAUUCGAAUUUUGUCAUGGACAAUAGUGUCUUGUAUUAGGUGUUUGAUUUUGCUGGAAGGUUAUUUGCUUGUGUUGAUCUACAUUAAAUUGGCACCCUUUUACUUUGUGAUAUCUGUACUAUGGGGUCAUAUUGCUGGAGAUUCUGUCUAAGUUGUGUUUAUAGCUGUCAUCAUGAAAUUUCUGA